CAAAAAUGGUGGCGGUUUCUGUUAGUGUGAAGUGAAACUUUCCAAAUAUUGCUGAUAAAACAGCUAUUCUUUAAUCUAUUUUUAUGAUUCUCGUCGAGCAGAUAUUUAAGUAAUUAUUGUUGGACUACUGCUGUAUCUGAUAUCAAGCAACACGAUCGAAUGACGUCGUUUUUUUGAGGAUUUGAAGAUCGCGAGCAGUGGGCUUUCCUCAAAGUUGACGCUGUCCUGGCAAAUCAAUGGACAAGCUUCAGGACCUCAGCCAAUCCGAGUUGGAGGAUUUGCUGGACAAUACAGAGCGGGUGGAGUCCAUGGCAUUGGAAUCUGAUGAGAUUCAGAACAUCCAGCUGGAGAGGGAGAUGGCACUGGCCUCCAACCGUAACCUGGCAGAACAGAACCUGGACAUGAAGCCUCGCCUGGAGAGACAGAGAGAACAUCUAGUGGAGAGAUACUCUGAACUGGAGGGAGUCAGAGAGACCUACAGACAACACUGUGACCAGAAAGAUGGCAUCAUGGGGCAGGUAUCACCAGAGGGGUUGUUCUCCAGACUCCAGACAGAGGGCGCCAGCACAGAGACGGAGUCAGAGAGUCUGGCAGAUGAGUUUCUGGACGGCCAGCUGUCGCUGGACUCGUUCCUUGACCGCUUCCUCUCCCUCCGCUCCCUCGCUCACAAAAGACGAGUGCGGAUAGAGAAACUGCAGGAGAUCCUGCGCCAGAAGAAAGAGACCGCCACCGGUGAAGCCGGCUCCAUGACAUCACAAACAAGCGCCAAUCAGGACCCAGCGACAACACAGUCAUCGCCAUGGAAUCAUCAUCAAGCUCCUCAGCAACAACAACCGCAGCAGAAUUCCAAUCUCAACAAUCACUCUAGUUUCCAAAACCCCUCUUCCCAAAAUGGCCCCGGCUCCGCCCUACCUUACACCCCUUACCCCGUCUCCCCUCCUAACCCAACAGCCACUUCCGCAGUAUCAGGACCAGGCCCGUCCAUUCCUCCAGGUCAAUUUCCUCCCUACCCCAGCCCCGGCUCACCUUUCACCCCAGCGGCGGGCUACACAUCCCGCCCCGCUUUCGGGCCUCCGGCCAAUGCCUGCCCGUACCCCACCCAGCCCACGUUCCCUGGCGUCCCCGGCUCAGGGUCUGCGUUCGGGCAGUACAGCGCCCCCAACAGCGCCCCCUACCCCUCUGCGUACCCUUACGGUGGGGUUGAGGGGUAUAGCUACCCCACGGGCCCCGCUCUGCCCAACUCUCAGUCCCCCACAGGCAGGCCGCUCUACAGGCCCGGGUUUGGAGUGCCACAGCCCUACUCCUGAACCCUCCCUCUGCUCUAACCCCGUCACUCCUCUCCCACCACACAUUCUCCAGUCUCUCCCUCAUUUUGCUCUUUUUUUCUGACUCUCUCUUUCUCUCUCUCUUUCUCUUUCUCUCUUUCUCUCUCUCUCUCAAUCUGCCUCUUCUCCUCCCCUCCUGUCAUUCUCAAGUGCAUAACUGUCUCAGGACCUCCCCUUGUGUUCCAAUGUGUUGUUAGAAACACUUUCCAAUUGGCUGUCGGCCCCUUCACUCUCCCCUCUCUCUCCUCCUAUUGGCUGUCGGCCCUUUCACUCUUCUCCCUCCCUUUGUGGAAUACUGAGCCAAUCAACAAUACCUUGGCCACGUACGUUUCAGAUAGAAAUGGAGCUGACGUGACUCCUUAUUCUACAUGUCAGAGAGUCAUGUUCUACAUAAAAUAUAUCUACACAUAUAUUCCUUAUCACUGGUCUCACCCUGUAGCACAAGUCCCUUGUGGCACUGUACGGUAUACGCAUUGGAGUACAUUUGACUUGUUCUAACACCCAUAUCAUUCUACACCGAUGUCAGAUUACAUGUGUUGACCAUAUUCGUUCGUACAUGAUGAUGUUAACUUAAUAACCACCCGAACCAAAACGUUUUACAGGUGCAGUUCUGUUCAGGAAUUGUGUUGUUCUGUAAACUGUCUUUGUUGUUCUUCGUUCUGGUUAGGAAGUACUUAAGACAAUACUAAAGAAGGAAAAUCCUACGAAUAGGAACUCUAGGAUCUGUCCAUGUAAUCGUAUUCAUUAUGAUCUAAAAGGCUAAACUGAUCCUAUAUCAGUACACCCACUCUGAGAGGCUUUAUGAAUGCGGGCCCUGAUCAGUUGUCGUUUUGGAGACUUCAAUAACCCUAUCUUCUUUCUUAAUCACCUGGCUCUGCAUGUAUGAUGUUUGUUUCUUUGCAAAAUCUGGACAUCUUUACAGAUGUAGGAUCUUAAUUUGACCUGUUUCUCACGGCAGGAAAAUAAUCCUGCAGCAAAAUGACACGUGGAUUAUAAUUUUGUAGGGUUUGAUAAAUUGUCAGGGCAAAUGAAGUCUGAAAUUAAUAACUUUAGAAGCCAUCUUUCAACCUUGAAUACACUGUUUGAAUUUUCUGCUGUGCAGGAAAUUUCCUGCAACAACAGGGUGAUCAAGUUAAGAUCCUACAUCUGUAUGUCCUACAAGUUUAGCUUCCAAGUCCUUUCUUGACAGGAUGUUUUGGUUGGUUGUUUAGGUAUUUUGAUGCCUAUUGACAAUGACGUCAUUGUUUACAGAAUCAUAUCUGUAUUCUCUGUCGAGAAUCAUGCUUGUUUCUCUUCUCUCUGGUCUCUCCGUUUUCUCACUUCACACUCCGUUUCGUCUCUUCCCCCACGAGGCUCGCUUGGCGUUAAACUCACCUCUCGUCUUUCUCACCUCACUCUCUAUUUCACCCUCUCUCCAUAAUCUGCCUGUUGACAUGAACUGAUGCUUGACAAUGAUUGCAAUGAGGAAAUAGUUUAUUUCUAUAAGUUCACUUUCAAUGAGAAUAAUAUAAUGUGAUUUGUAUAAAUUAUUAAAGAGCUGUUAUCAAUAACAGGUGACAUGACAUUAAAACGAGGGAUUAAUAGCCUGCACCCCAAAUGGAACCCUAUUCUCUUAGGGCUCUGGUCAAAAGUAGUGCACUAUAUAUGGAAGUGGGUGCGAUUUGGGACUCAUCUGCCUGCUUUAGCUCAGAAAGCACAAGAGAAGAGAGCUGUUACUGGGGGGGGUUCUACAGAGAUUCAUACUGUCUUCAUGAUGGCUCAUACAGCAUUCAUAGACACAUCUAAAAGUCAUGAGCUCUUCAACCUUAAUCGGUGGUCUUAAAUGGAGCAUUACUACAUUGGUUGUCAUCAUGUCCUAUGAAGGUGUUCUGAAACUUCUGUUUAGUUAUGUAGGGCUUCUUCAUCAAGUUAACUGGUUGGACUGACUGGUGUAGUCUACGACCAGGGGGCAGUGUUUUACUGGGAUUAUCACACUACAACUGUCCCAAAUAGCACCAUAUCCCCUACAAAAUGCACUACUUUUGACCAGAGCCCAUGGGCAGAGAAUGGGGUUUCCGUUUGGGACAGACCCUAACACUCUGUAUUUAAGGAAGAAAAGAUGAGUCAGAAAUUGGGUUUUAGAAGCCCAACGGAGAUACGCGGCAUUGAUAAGGGGGAAAUAAAAAUACAAGCUUGGAGCUUGUUUUAAGUUUCUUAUUUUUUUUUGUGUGAAUAUUAAUUAAACACUGAACUUGAUCUAA